CUUUAUUUAAGUCUACUACAUUGCACUUUAACACUCGCCUAACAAAAUUACAAAACGGCUAAGUCUGUAGUUAAAAAUUGCUAUUGGUCGUACAUUAAAAGGAAGAGCGGGACAAUAGCCUUAAGUUGAAGAUGAGCAACUUCUUCGAGGGAAGCAGUAGCGUAUCUUUAUUAUCAUGGAAGUUAAUCUAACUGACAAGUUAAUCUACCCCUGUGAACUGGUGAAAUUUUAGGUUCGGUACCCCCUAUUUUCUGCGGAGAAAGCACAGCAGAUGCUAUCUAAUCGAUGUGAAACUAUCUGGGCUAGGAGAUAUAUGUACACGGCAGAGACGUGCAAUAGUGUGUACAGUAGCGUUGCAUCAGUACUGAAAGCUACAUUUGGUCCGGGCCAAAAACAGUGUAUCGGCUUUUCAACACUCAAAAUAGUCAGCACACACAAACAUACCUGUGAGUUCCUCGUACUGGUGGAAACAGCUAAAACUUUGCGUACAAUCACCCAUCCAGAGGGAAUCGAGGCUAAGCGCAAAGCGGAGGAGGGCAGGGUGAGGAAGGAGGUAGAACGCCGACGCGAGCAAGAAGAUACUCAGCCCCAGAGACAGCUCGCCCAGCAAUCGCACGACGCUUACAUAUUUUUGCACGGCAAAAACACCUAGACUAUAAUACACAAGAACGUCAAGAACAACAUCAAGCACCAGCUCACAUCAGUGAAUAAAGACCAAACCUGCACAGCCGGAGACUUCUAUUACCCAAAUCACGGAAAUAGCAGCAGUUACACGUCAUUCUUUUACAGUACCGUAUGACGUGGCACGGUGUCCUACUUCAAUUGCACUCCAAACUCGUGCAUUGAAGCGAUGUAAGUUGUGCCCAAAAACAUUUAAUGUAUGUCGCACUUUCAAAGGAAUACCUUAGUUAUACCGGCGAUGUCAAAGCGAUUCUUCGGCUGAUAACUCUAGCACUGAGUCUCUUCUUACUCGUUAUACUAUUUACUAUGAUACAUACUACGUGAAGAUCCUCUAUAUCAUUUACUACACUACAUACUAUGUAACAAUCGGGCUCCACAAAUACAUGCAAUUCCAUGACUCAGAUUGUUCAC